GACUUCUGUAUGAGCUUUCGUAACGUUCGGUUGUGUGACAGUUCAGUGUGGAAGUGAUAAUUCAAAAAAAAACGCAGGCGACAAAAACAAAAUAGGAACUACAUAAUAGAGCUACAGAAAAACAAGAAGAAGGACAAGGACCACAUAGGACCAAAAAAAAAAAAAUAGAUCUGAAGUUGACAGGACACCUGGUUGUGCAUUGCCUUGAGCAAGACGCGCAUAACCAAUAACAUGUACUGGGUAAAUGAUUAAAAAAAAAAAUCGAAACCCAAAAAAAAGGAAGAAGAAGAAGAAGAAGUAAAAAUUAAUAAAAAUAAAAAGUAAAAUGUUUGCAUUUGCAUGCAACGAAUAUUCUCUGUUGUUGUUUGUUGUAUUUAUUAUUAUAAUAUUAUAAACUGAAUUUUGUAAAAUUUAGUAGCAAUGAAAGGUAAAGUUGAAAUUAAGAAAGAAUUUGAAGAGUAUUACCAAAAUGCGCUAUCCACAUCAGCAGAUUUGGAAGAUUUGAAAAGUGAACCAGGGGAAGAUUACUCAGGCGAGACAGAUUCUCUUCGAGAGGAGAACAAAAUGGAAAUUAAGAAAACAAUAGAACAUUCAUCUCCCAAAGAAAAAUAUAGCAAUAGAAACACUGAAGAAACAACAUUAAAUAUAAGUCCGAAACAUGCGACAGGCCAAAGAUCCUACAUGUGUCAAAUUUGUUUAAAGCACUUUUCCCGAACAAAUAGUUUAAAAAAACAUUUGAGAUCACAUACGGGAGAAAAACCUUACAGAUGCGAAAUAUGUUUUAAGCAGUUUUCUAAAAGUAGUAAUUUUAAAAUACAUUUGAGAGUGCACACUGGAGAAAAGCCUCACAAGUGUGAAAUUUGUUCAAAGCAGUUUACUCAUAAAUCAUCUUUGAACGCACAUACGAAAGUUCACACUUUGGAAAAACCUUACAAGUGUGAAAUUUGUUUUAAGCAGUUUUCUGAUAGUAGUAAUUUCAAAAUACAUUUGAGAGUGCACACUGGAGAAAAGCCUUACAAGUGUGAAAUUUGUUUAGGGCAGUUUGCUCACAAAUCAUCUUUGGAUGCACAUACUAAAGUUCACACUGGACAAAAACCUUUUAAGUGCGAAAUUUGUUUAAGGGAUUUUACUCACCAUAAAUAUUUGAAUGAACAUAGCAAAGUUCAUUCUUUAGCAAAACCUUACAAGUGCGAAAUUUGUUUUAAGCAGUUUUCUCAUAAUAAUAAUUUCAAAAUACAUUUGAGAGUGCACACUGGGGAAAAGCCUUACAAGUGUGAAAUUUGUUUUAAGCAGUUUUCUAAUAACAGUAAUUUCAAAAAACAUUUGAGAGUGCACACUGGAGAAAAGCCUUACAAGUGUGAAAUUUGUUUAGGGCUGUUUACACACAAUUCAUCUUUGAAUGCACAUACGAAAGUUCACACUUUGGAAAAACCUUACAAGUGUGAAAUUUGUUUUAAGCAGUUUUCUGAUAAUAGUAAUUUCAAAAUACAUUUGAGAGUCCACACUGGAGAAAAGCCUUACAAGUGUGAAAUUUGUUUAGGGCAGUUUGCUCACAAAUCAUCUUUGAAUGCACAUACGAAAGUUCACACUUUGGAAAAACCUUACAAGUGUGAAAUUUGUUUUAAGCAGUUUGCUCACAAAUCAUCUUUGAAUGCACAUACGAAAGUUCACACUUUGGAAAAACCUUACAAGUGUGAAAUUUGUUUUAAGCAGUUUUCUGAUAGUAGCAAUUUCAAAAUACAUUUGAGAGUGCACACUGGACAAAAACCUUUUAAGUGCGAAAUUUGUUUAAGGCAUUUUACUCACCAUACAUCUUUGAAUGAACAUAGCAAAGUUCACACUUUGGAAAAACCUUACAAGUGCGAAAUUUGUUUUAAGCAGUUUUCUCAUAAUAGUAAUUUCAAAAUACAUUUGAGAGUGCACACUGGAGAAAAACCUUACAAGUGUGAAAUUUGUUUAAGGCAGUUUGCUCACAAACCAUCUUUGGAUGCACAUACGAAAGUUCACACUUUGGAAAAACCUUACAAGUGCGACAUUUGUUUUAAGCAGUUUUCUCUGAAAGGUAAUUUGAAAAUACAUUUGAUGAGACACAUGGGAGAGCAACCUCGCAAGUGUGAAAUUUGUUUUAAGCCGUUUUCUCAACUAGGUCAUUUUAAACAACAUAUGAGAUUGCAUACGGCAAGCAUCUAAACAUUCUGUAUAUGUAUUUGGCACUUUUUAGGACUUUUCUAUUGGUUCUUUGCGACACGCAGCCAUAUUUCAACCAACAGGCGGCGAGGUGUCGAACACGUAUAUGGAAUGUUAUUUGGUGCGAAAAUUGUUGUAGUUCAAAUCAAAGACCAUGAGACCAUAAAUUUUCAAGACCCUGUAUAUGGUAAAAUUUUGUAAAUAAAAUAAUUUAGCAUUAAGAAGUGUUUCGCAGAAGAGCGAAUUUUUAUAGUGGCUGAGUUUCUACGAACAAUUGGUUGAUAAACAUUUUAGAAAUUCAAAAGAACGGAUUAAGUGUUUAACAACUUUUAAUUAUCAAGAAUAAUGAACAGUAGGUAUGAUUUACAAAUACAAUGCCGUUUGAAUUUUUUCCUCGAAGUCAUUGGGUAGUAAACAUACUUUUGCUGUUUAAAGGGUUUUUCUAUUUGUAAAUAAAAAGAAGUUUUAAUCUAUCUCCUAGAAACCAAAUUUGUAUAGGUACGAUAUUAUUGUAUUAAGAGAAAGUAAGGGUGGUUGACUGAGAAUGAGUGUGUGUUUGGCUAUGAAAAAACGAUGGGAGGAGGACGAGAGAUUGGAUGUUCAAAUUAUAGGAGAGAAUUAGGAUCAUUGUGUUUUUACUCUCGAGAGCAAGCAGUUUGAAAGCAUUGUGUUUAGUGCAAGUUGUGUUAAGUUGGUGAUAGCAGGAUCGUGGAAGGCGAAACGAGACCAAGUCGAGAAUUCCAAACUUCUUAUGUCCGAAAAGAUUCCAAUUUCUGUAAGUAAAAAUAGAAGUAUUAUAUAAACUUUGCACGAGGUACCAAGUGGAGGAGAACAAUCUUGGGUCCUAUAAUUGCUAUUGUUUUUAAAUCGAAUCGGGGAUUUUGAUUUGUGGAGAGAAUUCGAACGAGUGCUGUUUUAAACAAUUGAAAGGAGAAGCACAGUUUGCAGAAUCAGAGGAGCACGUUGUGGGAGAUCUAGGACAACACAAUCAAGCAGAAUUAACAGGAGUCCGUCGGCAAACGUCGCACAGUGGUGAAUUUCGCCGAAAACGUGGCCAAAAUGUAAAAAUUUAAGUUUAAUGGUAUACCCCGAGAAAUUUUAUAUGAACAUUGCUCUGUAAACUUUUGAGAAUGAUAAACGGCCGUUAAGGGUAGAACAAUACAAGCAGAUCGUGCAUGGGCGCCCAUCUAAAAAUUUUUUAGGGGAAGGGCCAGACGUGAAGAUGUUGCACAUUACAUUUUGUAUACUUUGGAUGACAAUAUAUUAUAGUUUAAAGGAACAGAAAAGCUAGGGGGCCGUGGCUGUGCCCAUGGGUAUGGGCGGCUAUGCGAUCAUAUAUUUAUCUUAGUGUAAAGUUAUGAUUGAACGACUCGGAUCAAAUAAAAAUUAAGUGUGUUAUACAAUAAUAUUGGGGCGUUGUUUGGUUUUCAUUUAGAACUAUAGACGUGUAUUAUUUUUUAAGUUUAGAUGGAGUCUGGAGGUAAGUGGAGUAUUUUAAUAUACUUUUUAGACUUUUUUUUCGUAAAAUAGACUUUAUUUACAACAUAUUUGCACAAUAUUGGCAAUAAUUUUCAAUUUUCAAGUUUUAAAAAGGGGAAAGGAAAAAGUCUAUUUUUCUCAGCAAAGAUAUUUUGCUUAAUAAAUAGUUCAAAAUGUAUAUAAAUAUUCUUAAAAAAAUCAUCUGCAGCCAGGUGCAUCCUUAGCGGAAUUUUUCAUUUUAAAAAAUAUAACAUGCUGGAGAAUUUGUACAUUAAGAGACUUUAAUGUUAUAUGGUCAGUUAUUAAAGUAAGAACAAAAUAUGGCAGCAUCUGAUCCAGUAAAUUUACAGUGUUUUUGCACAAGAGCCGCCGGUUUUUGUUAUUUUUUUGCUUCUUCUUUUUCUUAAUCUGUAAGUUCUUUUACUCAUUAUGUAUAAUCCUAUGUUUUUGCUUCCUUACUUUUAAAUUUUUUAAUAAUUUAGGUCGUGUGAGCCAAAUAUUUUAAUUUUUUAAAAAUGAAAUGCAUAAGCGAAACUUUGUGUUAAGAAGCCACAUAUUGGUAGGUAAUAAUUAUAAUAAAUCGGAUCCAUUUACAAAACAAUUAAUAUGUAUUAAGAGUUGACCUACCUAUUUUUGGCUUCAUAAUAUAAAGUACCUAUCGUUUAUGCAUUUUAUUUAAAAAAAAGGGCAAAUUUUUGGACUCACACGACCAAAAUUAUUAAAAAAUAUAAAAAUAAGAAAGCAAAAAGAUAGACAUAUACAUAAAGGUAAAAGGACUUAAAGAUUAAAAAAAGAAGAAGAAAGCAAAAAAAUAACAAAAAACGGCGGUUCUUGUGUAAGAAAAAACUGUAAAUUUACUGGAUCAGCUGCUUCAUAUUUUGUUCUUACUUUAUUAACUGACCAUAACAUUAAAGUCUAUUAAUGAAAAUUCUCCAGCAUGUUACAGUUUUUUAAAAUGAAGAAUUCCGCUAAGUUUGCAACUUAAUGUUGCAGAUGGUUUCUUGAGGAAUAUUUAUGUACAUAUUGAAUUAUUUAUUAAGCAAAAAAUCUUUGCUGACCAAAGCUGACUUUUUUACUUUUCCCAUUUUAAAACUUGGUAAACAGAAAACGAUUGAACAUUCUUGCCAUCAUUUUGUAAAUAUGUUGUAAAUAAAGUUUAUGUUAUAAAAAAGAAUCUAAAAAGUAUAUUGAAAUACUCCACUUACCUCCAGAAAGAGCAUCCACUAUAAAAUAACAAAAUAAUACACGUCUAUAGUUUUAAACGAAAACCUAACAUUGCCUCAAUUGAAUAACACAAUUUAAUUUUAUUCGGUCCGCUUUUGUUCAAUCCCAACUUUACACUAAUAUAAAUAUGUGAUAUGCUUGUAUUGUUCUACCCUCAACGGCCGUUUAUGAUCCUCAGGAACCUACAGAGCAAGAUUCAUAUAAAAUUUCUCGGUAUAUAUAAACUUAAAUUUUUGCAUUUUGGCCAGGUUUUCGGCAAAAUUCACCACUGUGCGUCGUAGAGAUUGGAUUAAAAGGUACUAUCCGUUGCAAGAUAAUUCGGAUAGAAUUCCCCAGAUUAAGAGACUGGGCCGAUAUCAAGUACAAAACAAUCUGGGGAAUUCCAUCCGUAUUAUCUUGCAACGGAUAGUAAGUCAGAUUAUUUUUGAUAUGAGAGUGUUGUUUUGUAUUACAAACCAUAUUUGUUUUUUGAUAGCCACAUCAAUUUAAUAGUAUUGGCUGUGAGUUUCGACGGUAGCGCUCUCUCGCGGUUUGAAACUUUUCUGAUAAAAUUGGUGUAUGUAAAAUAUACAAAACGAGAAAAAUAUAUAUAUCGUUAUAUUCCUAAUUGAUAUAAGAAAUAAAAGUUUAUAAUUAUAAAUUAUAGUCAAAUUAAAAUAAAGGUUUUCAUUUUUCUCGACCACGGGCAUGUAAAUUUGGAACACCCUGUAUAAAACAAUUCAUGUAUAGGUAGCUUUUAAGAGAGUGAUUCGGAGAAGUGUUUACGAACCGCGGGAACAAUACGAUUCCAGUAAACAAUUAGAGUGAUGUGUACAAAGAAAGUGUUCGCGGAAGGAUUUGUCAUUAACCACCGCUAACUAAUACUCUACUAGUGAAUAAGAUAAUAGGUCAUUAAAUUUGUAAAUGUUGUAUUAAUGUAGAAAGUAAAAUUGAAAUGGGGAAUAUUAUUUUUUCUUGAAAUCCAUUAAGAUAUUUAGAAAAAGGAAAGUUGUGUUGAUAAAUACGGAUAAUUGAAAGUUGCUUGGGAUUGGUUGAUUUUUGAGUGCUGGAAGGGCUAAUUUGGAAGUAGGAGAAUAGAUGAGAGAUGUGUGGAAAACAGUCUAUUUUGUUAUGACAUGAAUGUAUGGUUUAUGUAUUAAAUACCACAUUGAAAAUUGAGGCACACAAUCAUUAUUAAAAAUUUUUCAUCAAAUCUAAAUCAAUUUAUCACUGAUAAAUCCUAAUAGUUCAUUUUAAAUAAAAUAACUUUGGAGACAAAAAGAAAUAAGAUUCCCAUGUUUGUAAAUGUUAUAUUAAAUAAAGAUAGAAAGAUAAGAUAUAAGAAAUAUUAAGCAUUGAAUGCCAUUUAGAUAAAAUAAACGAUUUUAUAAUUUCUAAUUGAAAUUUAUAUAUGUGUAUUAUUUUACUCUCUUUUAUCAAUCCCGAUUAGGAAUCCACUGAGAAAUAUUUUGAAGCUACGAAAGUAAGUAAUUGAUAUUAUAAUUUAGCCCUGAGAUUGACACUAUAUUGGUAUUUGAUCUGUUUGAUUAAUGAGAUAAUCAUUAAUUAAUUAAUUAAAAUAAAUUACAUCUGAGAACAGCAUCAGAUUUCAAAAAUAAGAUCACAACAAUAUUUAUCUAGAAAAGCACAAAUUAUGAACUGAAAUAUUAUUGUAACUUGAUUACUGAACGAAUACACAGAAUUAAUAGUAAAAGUAAUUAUUGUUUUUUAUUUUAUUCAUUAUAAUUUCAAUAUUUAAUAUAUAAAUUCGUGCGACUGGAUGACUGCUUAUGCAAGAGGCCAUUGAAACAAAAGAAGAAGUUAUGUGAAAUUUAGAGGUUACCUCUCUUUUUAUUGGCUGUGAGAUUCGUCGGUAGCGCUCUCUCGCGGUUUGAAACUCGUACUUUUCUGAUAAAAUUGUUCAAAUUCAAUACACAAAACUGCCACUAACAGCGCUGGCGAAAACUGUCAACUCCCCUCUACUCAUCGGCUCACGGCGAAUUGGACAUAAAUUAUUCAUCCAUGAAUUCAUAGAAGGUAUAAAGUGAUUGAUUUAAGUCAGCGGUUUCCAACCUUUUUGUAGCUUGAGGCACACUAACUUAAAAACUGGUUCGGCCACGGCACACAGUAUAAUCACAAUUCGCGGCACACCUACAGGGACUUCAGGGCCGUAGCACACUGGUUGGGUACCUCUGAUUUAAGGAGUUGAAAUUAAAAUUUGUUUUCUUUUUAUAUUAAUAAUUAGAGCAAUCUACAGCUUCAAUUGAAUAAAUUUGGUUCACAAAGGAGAUAAUAGAAUUAAAGGUUCUUUUUUUAUUAGAUAAGAAAUUUUACACAGAAUAAAGUUUA